CCCAUUUCCUCAUUUAGUAACCCUGAGGGUGUGUGUUAUGUAAUCUUUUAAAGGUAAUACAAUAAACAGGUGAUCAUUAAUUGACACAUGGCCCAAGCCAAGUCUUCUACAUGGGACUAAUUUCUUUAUUAAACUUAUCAAAGAACUGUCUAGAGAUAAUUGUAAUGAGUGGGGGUGUUACCUGGACUAAAGUCAAAAGAUCAUUGGUCAAUGAGAUUGAAAGGACUUGACAGUGUCAUUCCAUGUUUAGAGAAGGCAGGCAGAUUAUUGGUUAAGAUUAAUCCAUGUGGAUUUGGCAGUUUGAGAAAUUUAAAACAGGAUAUACACAUAUGAAUUCUCAUGUCAUACUAAAUAUUUAACAUUUUGGAAAGUUGAGAGAAGUGCAUACACGAUGACUGUUAUAACAGCCAAACAUUCUUUGAAGAAAAAUGUCACUAACUCUGUGAGGUCAAGAACACCAGUGUACAUGUCCACACCGCAGAUGACCAGAACAGGACUGUUUUCUGCAUGUGUAGCUCUGACUCCUAGAUAUCAUUCUAUAAAAUCAACAACAAGAGUUCAAAGAUCACUUAACUAUUCUACAGUGAAAGUCACCCCAGUAAAGCAGAAAAAGUUUUCCAGCAAAAUUCCAACAAUGUUACAAUCAACUAGACGAAAUGCAAGUAGCAUUAAAAAGGCUAAGAAGCAAAAAUCUCUCCAUAACAAGAGCUCAGUUCAGCCAAAUCCAACAAAACGAAGAUUGUUUGGUAAUCAAAAGAAUUCUUCAUACAAGUCAAAGUCUCCUACUACAGUACUGACAGAUAUAACUAACCAUCAGACUGAUAUUCCACCAGAAUCAGACCUUCAUAGCUAUCAAUUUGAUAUUCCACCAGAAUCAGACCUUCAUAGCUAUCAAGUUGAUAGUCCAUCAGAAUCAGCCACUCAUCACCUUCAAGAACAUUCAUCACCAAUCGCUACACACCAGGAGAAACCUGUUCUGAAAGACACAUCAUUUGUACACAGCAAAAACUCUACCAAGCAAGUGGCAGAUGAUUGUGUGAUUAUUCCAAAAUACUAUGAUUGUAAUUCUAACAUUGUUACUCUGGACCGUAAACAGAAAAAGUCUAAAAAGCCAUCAAAGAAAUCCAAACGUUCAAGACAGCGAUGUGGUUGUAUAAUUUGUGUAAUGGAGAAUUCUAAAUUUGUGUUUUCUACAGAACUAUUAUUUACGUCGUGUGUAAAAUUUGUUCUCAAGUUUUUAUCAUGUGUGGAUGGUUUCUUCCAGUGCAAAAAGUUCAGUGGGUCUGGGACAGUAUGAAAAACUAUUUAUUGUAAAAUUGAACUGUUAAUUGAAAAGGCUAUGUGAAAUUUAUAAGCUGUAUAUAUAUAUAAUGACAUUAUAAGCGUCAUUGGACUCCAUUUAAAUCCAUGGAUAUUAUUUCAGUGCUGUGUUACCCUUAGUGCUUCAAGUUUAUAUGUGUUGUAAAUGUAUAUAUAGAUGUUGUCUUUAUGUGAUCAUUGAUGUAUUUAUUAAAUAUGAUUUCAAAUUUU